AUGGAGCUUCAAAAUAAUCGUCUGCCAAGCACCAGUAAACCUAACAAUACUAUUCACAAUUAUCACAGAAAAACUCGAGAGGGUCGAGUGAAUAAUUUAUUAAGUACCAUACACAAGUCCUUCAUGGCAUCACACAAAAGCCGAAGUGCUCAAAAGUACUUGAGGAGUCACGCCUCGAUCGAUUACGAGCAGCGCUACCAUUUGAGACAUAACAGGCAUAUUAUUCACCCGUUCAGUACGUUCAGGUACUACUGGAAUACCCUUAUGGUGACGACAAUGACAGUGGGCCUAAUAAUUUUCCCCUAUCAGGCAGCUUUCGAUAUGACGAGAAACUACACGCUACCGUGGACUGUUGUCAAAAACACCUUUUUAUCGAUCUGCUGUGUCGACAUGGCCAUUAAUUUCUUGACUGGGUUCUUCGACAAGACGCAGAGUCUCGUCGAGAUGAAACCCAAGCGAAUAGCUUCAAGGUACUCGAGGCAGAGGUUCACCGUUGAUUUUCUAGGAUCCUUCCCGACGGACCUGAUCUUCGUGGACGACUGGGAACACCAUAUAGUCUCCCGCGAGCUCUGCUCGCUCCUCUUCAUCUUCCGGAUCUUCUCCUUGUCUAAUUACAGCAACCAAAUAGCCAAGGAGCUCGAGAUCCGCCGUCCGUUCUACGACAUUCUCAGCAUGACCUUCUCCCUCGUGAUGAUCCUACACUGGCAAGCUUGUUUGUUCUGGAUAGUCCCAGUGGCAGCCGUCUCUGUGACCCUGCCCCAGAAACCGGACGACGACAGUUGGAUCAACUCUGUCGGUCUGAUGGACAACGCGAGCGACAUCAGCAAGUACGGCCACUGUCUGCUGCGAGCCGUCGCGACUUUCAUGCACGCGGGCUUCCUGGCAAACUCGGAGCCCAAGACCAUUGAGGAUCAGUACUUGGUGAUUACCUUCCAGUUCAUUGGCACCCUGAUCUUUUGUUUCCUGAUUGCAAGGAUAAUGCAAUUUUUCAAGGGCUUCCGCGCCUCGAGACUCAAGUACCAAUCGACAGUCGCCCACUUGUUGCAGUACAUGAGCCACAAGCAGCUGCCCCGUCGCACGCAAAAUCGCAUAGUCAAUUACUACCAGUUUCGCUUUCAAGGCCACUUUUACCGCAACCAAGAGAUCCUGAACGUCCUGUCGCAACAGCUGCGCCAAGAAAUUCGCAUGUACUCGUGUCGCAAGCUCGUGGAAAACGUCACCUUCUUCAAAAGCCUGCCCAACGCCCUGCUCUCUCGGAUAGUCACUCUGCUGAAGUCUGAAUUUUUUCUCGUCAACGACGUCAUCGUCAAGGCCAACCAGACCGGCGACUGCAUGUACUUCAUAGCUAGCGGGACCGUGGCCGUGUACACGUUGACGGGCAGGGAGGUCUGCCAUUUGGAGGACGGCGCGUACUUUGGGGAGAUAGCCCUGGUGAUGCCCGACGCCAAGAGGGUCGCCAGCGUCGUCGCCGUGGAAACUUGCAAGGUCUACAGGCUCGAGAGGGCGGAUUUCGCGAGGACCAUCCACCCCUAUCCCUUGCUCUGGGAUAGGAUCAAGAAAAUUGCUGUCGAGAGGCACGAGAAGACGACCAUACUUAACGCGGAGUAG